AGCCUCGACUCGGAAGAGGGCCUGCGCCGCUUUCAGGCCGGACAGGUCCCAGAGAAAGAUGAGCAGUGGCACCGCUUCGUCCCGCCCGAGGCCAUUGACGCCCUCGGCAAGCACGAGGUCGAGCGCCAGUCCGUCAUCUGGGAGGUCUUCACCUCCGAGCGCGACUACGUCUCUGAUCUCGAGCUCAUUCGCGACAUCUUCAUUGAACCCCUCAGAAAUGCCCAGCCUGAGGUCAUCCCCCAGCCCCGCCUCCACGGCUUCAUCACCGAGCUCUUCUGGAAUAUCGACAAGAUCCGCGCCCAUCACCAACGCAUGCUCGCCUCCCUCUUCAACCGCCAGCGCGAGCAGCACCCGCUCGUAUCCAGCGUCGCUGACAUCGUCCUCGACAACGCCCUCCUCUUCAUGUCUGACUACGAAUCCUACAUCAAGCACUCCCCCCUCUCCCUCUCGCGCCACCGCACCGAGCUCGCCCGCAACCCCGCCUACGCCGCCUUCCUCGCGACCCAAACCGCCCGCGCUGACCCCCGCCUGCGCCGGCGCGACCUCAAGACGCUGCUCUCGCGCCCCGUCACGCGCCUCCCGCGCCUCAAGCUCCUCCUCGAGCGCGUGCACUCGCGCACCGACCCGGAGCACCCCGACGCCGAGACGCUCCCGCUCCUGCUCACCGUCCUCGGCGACCUCGUGAAGAGCGCGGAGCCCGGCAUCGCCGUCGCCGAGGGCAAGGUCGGCUUCUGGGACGUGUGCGAGAGCCUGGUGUAUUCGCGGGGCGAGAUCAUCGACAUGGACCUCUAUGACGAUAGCCGCACGCUCAUCUACUCGGGCCCGCUCGCGCGCAAGUCUCGCUCCGACAACUGGCACAGCUGGUCCGAGCUCCUCGUCGCCCUGCUCGAUAACUACCUCCUGCUCUUGCGGGAAGAAACCCGCCCGAACGGGGCCGUCAAGCGGCUUGUCAUCUCCCGACCCAUCCCCCUCGACUACCUCCGCCUCGGCUCGUUCACCGACCCGCCAGAUACGCGGCGCGAGCGCAGCGCGGACAACGCGAGCUCUGGCGGGCUCGGGCUCGGGCUCCUGCAUAGCCUCACGGGCGGCGGCGCCGCGCGCGAGGAGGUGUUCCCGUUCACGCUGUACCACGCGGGCGCCAAGUCCGCACGGCGGUACACGCUGUGGGCGCCGAGCGCCGCGGCGCGCAGGCGGUGGCACGACGCGCUAGUGGACGCGCUCGGUGUCAGGCGGGUGCGCCAGGAGGCGAACAUGUGGUUCGCACCGCAGGUGCUCAACGACGGGUUCUUCCGCGUCGGGUCGCCGCGCGCGGUUCAGGGCCCCGAUGCGGGGACGAAGCUCACGGGGAGGGUCGCCUGCGCGGUGCUGUUCUCCAGCGCGGGGAAGCACUUCCUCGCUGUGGGGUGCGCGGACGGGAUCUACGUCGCCGUGCGCGGGCAAGAUUCGUUCAUGCGCGUCCUUUCGCUCGCGAGCCCGACGGCGCUGAUAGCGCUGCAGGAGUUCAACAAGCUGCUCGUGCACCACGAGGCGACGCUGCUCUCGUACUCGCUCGACCUCCUCGCGCGCGUCGCGCUCACGCAGGCGCCCGCGCGGAGCCUCGCCGCGUCGCUCGAGCACGUCGCGCCGCUCGACGCGAGCGUCGCGUUCUGCAGGGCGGGGCGCUUCGGCGAGCGUACCCUCGUCGUGUACGCGGCGAAGGGUUUCUUGCAGAUGACGCUCCACGCGCUCGAGGUCGUGCACAUCGCGGAGACGGGCGCGGUGCCGCGACGGAGCCAGACCGGCCCGCUCGGCUUCCGGUCCUUCGGCUCGCCGUUCAACGCGCCCAGGGAUACACACGACGCGACGUUCCUCGCGAAGAGCGUCGCCGUGUGCGCCGGCUCGAGCAUCCUCAUCCUCAAGCCCACAGACUUCGCGAGCGCGCCGCCGACGGUCGUGCCCGACUUUGCGCAGGCAAGCCUGAACACGCCGAUGGCGUCGCUCAAGGCGCGCUGCGAGGACGCGCGCGUACUGGGCAUUGUGCGGCAAGACACCUCGGAGCUUCUCGUGGUUUACGACGACAUAGGCUGCUACGUCGACAAAUACGGCACGCCGAGCCGCUCGUCGGGGUACGUGCGCUGGGAGACCAAGGCGGCGGCGUACGCGCAACGCGGCGGGCACCUGCUGCUCUUCUCGUCCGCGUUCGUCGAGGUGCGGCAGGUCGCGACGGGCCGGCUCGUGCAGGUGAUCGAGGGGCAGGACGUGCGGCUGCUGCACGCGGGCCUCGCGGAGAAGGACGCCCUGCUUGUGGGCUGGACGGGAGAGCGCGCGGGCCAGGCGGGCCAGGCGGGCGCGAGCGAGCGGAUCGUGGAGCUCGUGCAAACGGCGGAAAUCGCGCCUGCGACGCCAUCGAGCGCCGUGCAAGGGGUUUGGGACGAGUGGGACAUGUGA